GGAGCCAUGUCCGCGCCACUGGGUCUCGGGCCAGAAGUGCGGGACACCUGCACAUCGCUGGGGCUGAUGCUGGCGGUCGUGCUCUCCACGGGACUGGCUCGGGUGGUCGUUCGGCAGCAGCUGCACAGAUCCAAGGUCCACGCCUUCGUCUUGGAGUUUCUGGGCACCUUCCAGCUCUGCUGCUGCACUCACGAGCUGCAGCUACUGAGCGAGCAGGACCCCGUGCACCCCACCUGGCCGCUGACGCUUGUCUACUUCUUCUCCUUGGUGCAUGGCCUGACUUUGGUGGGCACCGCUAGCAACCCGUGUGUCGUGAUGAUGCAGAUGAUGUUGGGGGGAAUGUCCCCUGAGAUGGGUGCCAUGAGUCUCCUGGCCCAGCUGAUGAGUGCCCUAUGCAGCAGGUACUGCAUAGGUGCCCUGUGGAGCCUGGGCCUGACCAAGUAUCACAUCAGCGAAAGGACCUUAGGUUGCAGGAAUCCCAUUCACGUCGACUUGGCCAAAGCAGUCAUCAUAGAGACCAUCUGCUCCUUCGUCUUCCACAGCGCCUUGCUCCGCUUCCAGGAGAUCCGAACAAAGCUUCGUAUCCACCUGCUGGCCGCACUCAUCACCUUUUUGGUCUAUGCAGGAGGAAGUCUAACGGGAGCUGUAUUUAAUCCAGCUUUGGCGCUUUCACUACAUUUCCAGUGUUUUGAUGAAGCAUUCUCACAACUUUUUAUAGUAUAUUGUUUGGCUCCUUCUUUAGGUAUAUUGUUGAUGGUGUUGAUGUUCAGCCUUUUCCUUCCCUGGCUGCAGAACAACCAUGUAAUUAAAAAGGAUUGA